AAUCAGGAAAUGAAAUCAAAGAAGAAGAGUGAGUCCAAAAAUAAUCCCAGCAGCAGAAGAAGAAACAGCCGCUAGCCGCUAGCCGUUAGCUUUACAGCCAAAGCUAGCCAGCCGUCGCUGCUGGUGUCGAAUUAAAAUCCUAUGCUGCGACAGAGAGGGAAGGUGACAUCAAACAGUCCCUGACAGAGACCCACCGACAACAUGGAGAAACAGAUGCAUCUGAACCUGUUCGCUUCCAGACCUCCUAUGGCAGGUGGUGUUCAGUCCAGCUCCAAGAUGAGAAUGGGACCUGGUCGGAAGAGAGAUUUCUCCCCGCUGCCCUGGAGCCAUUACUUUGAGACCAUGGAAGACGUUGAGGUGGAGAACGAGAAUGGCAAAGAUACUUUCAGAAUUUACUGCAGUGGUGCCCAUGGUCCUGUGCUGCUCCUGCUCCAUGGAGGAGGCCACUCUGCACUCUCCUGGGCAGUGUUCACUGGCGUUAUAUGCAGCAGGAUCACCUGCAGGGUCGUGGCUAUGGACCUUCGAGCUCAUGGUGACUCCAAAGUGAAAAAUCCUGAAGAUCUCUCUGCAGAUACGAUGGCCAAGGAUAUUGGCAAAGUGGUGGAGGUGCUCUACGGAGAGAACCCUCCUCCGAUCAUGAUUAUUGGACACAGCAUGGGUGGGGCCAUUGCAGUUCACACAGCCAUUGCCAAUCACCUACCAUCUCUUCUGGGCCUCUGUGUUAUUGACGUUGUAGAAGGUACAGCGAUGGAUGCUUUGAACAGUAUGCAGAACUUCCUCAGAAGUCGGCCAAAGACAUUUAAAUCUCUGGAGAACGCCAUUGAGUGGAGUGUGAAAAGUGGCCAGAUCCGGAACAUGGAGUCAGCACGUGUGUCAAUGGGAGGCCAAGUGAAGAAAUGUGAGGACCCCACUAGCAGCCCAGGAGUCUCUAAUAGCAUUGGCGAAGGUAUAAUAGAAGAGGACGAGGAGGAAGAAGCAGAAGAAGAAUCCAACAAGAAAAGGAUGAAGGAAGAUGAUCAAGAGAUGAAAAAGGAAAGCAUCUUCAGCUGGCGUGUGGACCUGUCAAAGACGGAAAAGUACUGGGAUGGCUGGUUCCGAGGCCUGUCGGCUCUCUUCCUCACCUGCCCUGUGCCAAAACUGCUUCUACUUGCAGGAGUGGACAGACUGGACAAAGACCUUACUAUUGGACAGAUGCAAGGGAAGUUUCAGAUGCAAGUCCUCCCUCAGUGUGGUCACGCUGUCCAUGAGGACGCACCUGAAAAAGUAGCAGAUGCUCUAGCAACAUUUAUGGUCCGACACAAAUUCACUGAGUUUAAGGACGGAUAUCUGUGCUAAUGUCCACUUUACGUCUAAAUAUAGCCAGCAGACCUAGAAGAGUUGAACCUAUCGUACAAUUUAACAGAAAAUUGAGGAAAACGUAACUAUCAUUAUUAUUAUUAUUAUUUCGCUUUUCUUAUGUAGAUAUUUUGCCUUUCAGCUUCGCCUUAUGUUUAUUUUCAAAACACUGGGAUUUGAUUGUACUUUUCCUUUAUAAUAUGUAUAUUUUUUAAUUUCUGAAAUGUAAUGCUCUCCUCGUUUCAUGUUUUAUUCUGAGUGAUUGCAUCAUGUUAAUGUGUAGUCUUUGAUUUCAAAUACAGAUUAAAGAUGGAUGCAGCAAAA